AACAGGCCUCAGUGUUUUCCUUCAGCUACUUCCUCAGUCCUGACCAGCCGGUCAACCUUAGCUUCAGUGAAACUGAAACUCCACCAACCAAAACUCAAAAUGAUUCCGAAGCCACUGCAGACGGUGGGGAAAGGCGCCGCCGUAAUCGUUGCCGGAUUUCUGACUCUCAAUCUCGCUUCCACCGCCACGAUUGGAGCCAUACGAUUCGCCGUCGAAUCCAGAAGGAAAAAGACUGCUUUGCCUUGUGGGGUUUGUAAAGGAAAAGGGUUUUACAUAUGCAAGUUAUGCAAAGGGAACGCCACCAUUCAAUGGUCGCCUCUGUAUGACCCAGUAGCCAUAAACCCUUGUCUCUGCCCAACCUGUGAUGGGAAUAGGGUACAGCGCUGCCUCAACUGUUUAGGGAAGGGAUACAGUUGAAUUGUAAGAGGCAGAAUAGUGUUAGUUCUUCAGCUUUGUUGUGAUGAAUCAUUAUCAUUUUCAUGUAUAAGUCUCCUUUAUC